AUGAAGAUCAUUUCAAUCACUUCCCACAUUCUUCGCAUCCCGCUCGGCGAUAAGGUCUUCUACUCCUCUCAGGCUCGCUUCCCAGAGCGCAAUUCAUUCCUGGUGAGAAUAGAAACCGAUACCGGUCUUGUAGGAUGGGGAGAAGGCGGUCAAUAUGGACCCCCUGAACCAGUCGCAGCCGUGAUUGACCAUGUGCUGGCACCAAAACUUAUUGGCCGGGAUCCAACCGAGCCAGUCGUGAUCUGGGAGCAACUCUACUCUUUCUCAAGGGACUUUGGCCAAAAGGGCACCUAUGUCGAGGCUAUUAGUGCUAUUGACAUAGCUUUAUGGGAUAUCAGUGGCAAGGCCGUCGGACUUCCCGUGUCUAAGAUGCUCGGCGGUGCAUUCCGUAACCGAGUCAAAGCCUACGCGACAGGAUGCUACUAUCCCGAAAAAUACGAUGAUCUACCACAGGUACUCGAGAACCUCAAGCUUGAGGCAUCCCGAUACCGCGAGUCCGGCUUUGAUGCGCUGAAAGUCAAAAUUGGACUCCUUGACAUUCAUGCCGACGCUGAACGCCUGCGCGUUAUCCGCGAGACAGUUGGACCUAAUAUUGCUAUUAUGGUAGAUGCAAAUCACGCAUAUACCGCCGCAACAGCAAUUCAAAUGGGGAAACUGAUUGAAAAAUACGAUAUCCGCUUCUUCGAGGAACCAGUUAUCCCCGAAGACCGAGCAGGAUAUCAUCGAGUUCGUACCGAGAACCCAAUCCCAGUUGCGGGCGGCGAAGCCGAGUUCACCCGCUACGGAUUUCGAGAUUUAUUCAGCGAAGGAUGCGUGGAUAUCGCUCAACCGGAUUUAACAGUGUGUGGGGGUUUCACAGCCUUCUCUCAGAUCCUGGCUCUAGCAAAUACCCAUGGCAUCCUGGUCAUACCCCACGUGUGGGGGUCUGGAAUUGCACUCGCUGCAGCGCUGCAGGCGUUAGCUAUUAUUCCUCCCAUGCCUCAUACGGCUAGUCCGAUUCCAUUGAGAAAUGAGCCCAUGGUGGAGUUUGAUCGCACGCAUAAUAGCUUGCGGGAUGAGUUGCUGGUUGAGAAAUUUCAGCUCGUGGAAGGAUACGUGGGGGUGCCGCAGGGUCCUGGGUUGGGUGUUACCAUUGAUGAGGAGGCACUAAGAAGAUUUCAAGCUUGCUGA